AUGGAGGCAAGUAUUCCCGGCAAGGAAGAGCGAGACAGCCAGAGCGUCGAUCCAACUAUGAACACAGCCGAGGACACGAUAGCCAACAGAGGACCCGUCACACCGAGCUCACAGAGUGAAGACCCCGAAGUGAGAAGCGAGAAACCAACUCCCGUUGGCCUGCAAACGAAAUUUUUCCAUGAAAUGACUUUUGUUUUUGUCGUUUGCGCUGCCCAGUUGAUGACACAAGCGGGCCUGUCCCUUUCGAUCGCUCCUCUUCAAGUCAUCAGUACAAGUUUCGACACCUCUCCUAAAGACCUCACAUGGGCCUCUGCCUCAUACAGUAUGACCGUUGGAACUUUCAUCUUCGUUUCGGGAAGACUGGGUGACGUAUAUGGUCACCGGCUGCUAUUCAUCAUUGGUUUCAUGUGGUUUGGUCUCUGGUCUCUCUUGGGAGGGUUUGCUGUGUGGUCGAACCUCAGAUUCUUCAUCUGCUGCAGAGCAUUGCAAGGCAUCGGUCCAGCCCUGCUUCUUCCCAACGCUGUGGCAAUCCUCGGAAGGUUUUAUCCACCUGGCCGUCGGAAGGGAAUGAUGUUCUGCCUUUUUGGAGCUGUUGCACCUGGAGGCUUCACUCUCGGCGCGACUUUCUCGUCUUUGCUCGCGGAGCGUGUAUGGUGGCCGUGGGGGUAUUGGAUUUCUGGCAUCGUGUGUUUCAUAUUUGCAGUGCUCGGAUUCUUUGUGAUCCCUUACGUCGCGCAGCAGAAGCCACGUGAAGAUCUCUCCACUUUCGAGCGGCUUGACACCUAUGGUGCGAUCACUGGUGUCUCGGGUCUUAUUCUGAUCAACUUUGCUUGGAACCAGGCGUCAGUAGUUGGUUGGAAGGCCCCAUACACCUAUGUGUUGUUGAUCGUUGGUAUUCUCACCAUUGUAUUAUUCUUGUUUAUGGAAUGCAGGGCUUCUUAUCCACUGCUUCCUCGAUCGGUCCUCGUGGGCGAGACAGGCUGGGUCCUUGGAUGUGUUGCUGCCGGAUGGUCGAGUUUCGGUGUCUUGGUCUUUUAUUACUAUGAAAUCCUGGAGAACUUGGAGGGGAACAGCGGUCUGUUGGUGACGGCCAAAUGGGCUGGAGCCUCCGCGUCUGGAGCGUGCGCUGCUGUGAUCACAGGCCUGCUGCUUGGUCGCAUCCCUGCGAGCGUGAUCAUGUUUGUUGCUAUGUUAGCCUUCUCCGCCGGUCAAGCGUUGUUGGCUUCAAUGCCGAUUGGCCAGAUAUACUGGGCCAACGCUUUUGUGAUCAUGCUGGUCACACCAUGGGGAAUGGAUAUGUCUUUCCCAUCGGGAAUUCUGAUUUUGAGCAAUGCUAUGCCGCAACAGGAUCAGGGUGUUGCCGGGUCGCUUGUGAACACAGUUGUGAACUACUCUAUAUCGAUGGGUCUCGGGUUUGCCGGUGUUGUUGAACAUUAUGUGAGCAAUAAUGGCGACGACAUACUCAAAGGAUAUCGAGGAGCCACAUAUAUGGGCGUUGGUCUCGCUGGUUUUGGUACCUUGGUCGCUACCUGCUUCAUGAUCGUGACCUGGAUAAAUUCCAGGAAGGGGUUUUCAUAG